ACGCGACCCUCACGUGACCAAGAGUCGACGUGUGCAGAAGUCCUUAUAGUCCAGGGCCUGUUUCCCUGUAGCUGCUCCCUAUUGCCGGAGGAGAGGAGUACCCCGGAUCCUUUCAGGACUCUUGGUCUUUUGGGAGCGACCCAAAUCGAGUGAGGGAAGAGGGAGGAAACACCCCCCCGGAUCCCUGCAGGAUUAAUUUAUUCAAAAAGGAGAAUAGAAAAAUACUCAAUAUGCAAAAGUCUUGUGAAGAAAAUGAAGGAAAAUCACAGAACAUGCCAAAGGCCGAGGAAGACCGCCCUUUGGAAGAUGUACCACAGGAGGCAGAAAGAAAUCCUCAACCUUCUGAAGAAGGUGUAAGCCGGGAAGCUGAAGGAAACCUUGGCACAGGGCUGACUCAGCCUAGCCAGGGAUAUAAAGAGGACACUCCAGUUAGGCAUUUGGACCCUGAAGAAAUGAUAAGAGGAGUAGAUGAGUUGGAAAGGCUUAGGGAAGAGAUAAGAAGAGUAAGAAACAAGUUCGUGAUGAUGCAUUGGAAGCAAAGACAUUCACGCAGCCGCCCUUAUCCUGUGUGCUUUAGGCCUUGAAUUUUUUUUUUUUUGGUCCGAUAUUAAAAUCUGGCCCCUGCUUUCUUUCUGUUAGCGUUUUCUGAUGUAUCUUUGACUUUCUUUUUAUUCCUAAUCAUCUAGUGGAGUUUCGUUUUAGGUAGUUUCCCUGUUACCGGCAACUGGAUUUUGUAUUUUGACACAUUUUCCAGGUCUGUUUUCCAAUUGGGAAGUUUCACACAUGUGCAUGAAAAUAUUUUCAUUCCAUAUUGUAAAGAAAAACAUAACAGGUUACAGAGCAGCAUAUUUAGUAUCAGCUCACAUAUGUAGGGGAAAUUCUCAAAUUUGUGUGUGUGUGUGUGUGUGUGUUCUAGCGCGUGCGUGUGUGUGUGUGGGUGUGUAUACAUACAUGCAUAUAUUGAGAAUUUGUGCUUAUUUCUUGUGUGGUGUGAGUUUUCUUUUUGCUUAUACGUAUUUUUUAAUGAACACGUCACUCAAAAAGAAUUAAAGUUUUUUUUAUAUAAUUAAGAGUCAAUCAUGUAAUUGGCAACCAGCUUAUAAGGGCAAUGGGGGCACCUAAACUGAUAGAGAACUAUUAACAAAAAAUGUAAACCUCAAGUUUACCUCUGGAUCUCUUAGCCAGGGGAAUAAAACUGGCAAUUAUUACCGAUA